AUGGAAUCGCAAAAUGUUACGGCUCCGACUUCAUUGGAUUGGGUGGCUAUGGGUCGUGUAACUCCACCAAAAGAUCAGGGUGUUUGCGGUGAUUGUUGGGCGUUUGCUACCACGGCAGUUGUGGAGGGACUGCUGGCAAAGAAAACGGGGUUGUUGCGGAAUUUAAGUGCACAAGAACUAGUUGAUUGUGCAAAUAGUGGUGGUUGCAGCGGCGGUUUGUUCGACCGUGCAAUGCAAUAUUUGAUUUCGAACAAUGGAAUUCAAGCUCUUUGGGAGGAUUAUACUUACGCAGUCGUUCAGCAAGAUUGCCAAGCCAGCUGCUUUUCGCGACAAAUAAUCGGACCUAAUAUUGGUUACACGAAUGUACCAUCUGGUGAUGAAACUGCCCUCUUGCAAGCUGUUACUCGAGGACCAGUAUGGGUGACUAUUAAUGCAGACGCAUCAGUGUUUCAAAAUUAUAAAACUGGAGUUGUUAACUUGUCGGCACAAGACUGUGACCCACAUAAGUUAGAUCAUGCUGUGGCACUUGUUGGCUAUGGUUAUGAUUCUACAUUGCAAUUGAAUUAUUGGAAAGUAAAAAAUAGCUGGUCUACGGUAUGGGGAGAAGGUGGCUAUGGUCGUAUUGCAAGAGGAACAAAUGUAUGCGGCAUUGCUUACUUCGCCUACGAAGUCCAAAUUUGA